AUGGUUAUGUGGAGAGCUGCCGGUAUCACUUAUGUGCGAUAUUCGCAGAUUGCCGCUCAGGUGACAAGAAAAUGCUCAAAGAAAAAGGUAGAGGUUCUCGGAAGAGGAAGAAAGUAUACUGGCGAACCUACACUGAAGAUAGCCGUUUGGGAAAACGGGAAGCCUGUCGGUAAUAACGAGAAGAAAUGA